UGGGGCUUCUGUGGGACUACAAGUCACAGCACAGACAGUUUCCCAGAGACAUCAGCUGAGCAGCUUCCUCUUCUCCUUCAGUCAGACAGUUCAGUGACCCAUAGAACAUUAAUAAGCUCAGCACCAAUCAGCGUGCAAGAAUGAGUGCAGACAUCCUUCUUGCCCAAUACAAGAGCUGGCUGCUAAGUGCCUCCACCCCAGAGACAGUUACUCCAUGCACAGAUAACAAGACGAUUGACUUGGUAAGACAGAGGAUUCUAGAAGAGCCAGACUUGCACAACGUUCUCCAGAAUGAAGCCUUCCACUUGAUCAGCUGCGGACUCCAGGGCAAAACUGACCUGCUCCUAACAUUGCAACAUCUGGCUUGUGCCUUCCAAACCCUUGAGCAGGCAGCACUCUACCUUUAUUUUACUCCAUGGAGGAAAGAAUUUCAUAUUAUAAAAACCUACUCUGGACAUUACGUCCACAUGCUGAAGGCAGUCCUUCCUCAGGAUGCAAUAUUCCAUGCCCUUAAAAGAUUAAAUUAUGAGCCAGAAGAAGAUGGGACCUCCCUGAAGAUACAGGUCAUACCUGCACCAAAGACUCUUGCUGAAGCUGCACUUGGCUUCCUGGCUGCUCAGCUGGAAUGUAAGAUCUUAGCUGAACUUGUGUCUUGCUCAGGAUCUACGGAGGUGAAUGUAACUGAUCUCAUCAAAGAAAGGCAGAGUUGGCGAGGUGAAAUAGCCUGCAUGGAAAGACUCCAUAAACUUGUAUUAAAACUGAGAACAGUACCUGUUGCUAAGGCCCCCACUGUUUUGGGUUGUGAUAAUGGAGAUAUACUCUAUCAACCACAGUUUUGUGACAAUUGCCAUGAAAAUUGGGAUGAUCAUGUAAAUAGAGGUUGUAGAAUGGUCAUUGACCAUCAUGUCCAAAGCAAUUGUAUGGGAAGCCACAUGCAGCUUGGGAACGACAGAUCCCAUACCCAAGUAACACAAGUUGAUUUUAUCAUGCAUGACUGUGUUUUUAUACAAAAAUCUUUAGAGCAGUGCUGUGAAUCAUGUCACAUGUUCCACAGUGCAGUCUGCUUCAUUGUGAAAGGUUGUAGAGAAAAAGGUCAUAAUGUAACCCAAAUGACAUCUUCUGAGAAGAUGCAAGCAGUGACGGAGGAACAAGGAAGGAAACACCACCUUCACUGCUGCUUGCAGACAGGACAUUUGCCCCAUUACCGUUGUGUUCACUGUAGACAGCUUCAUUACAUAAACUGCGAGGGGGUACAACAGUGCCGACGCCAGGGUCAUAAUGUCAGCAUGAUUAUGUUGGAGAAAGAUCAGAGGAAAUGGCUUCAGCGCAGCUUGAUGGACCUGACAUUACUCUGUAAGAACAUACCAGUUCAUACCAGCAAGGCAUAGUGGAUUUGGAUGCAGUUUGUCCAAUCGUAAUGAUCACUUACUUAGUUUUCACAUUGUUAUAUAUGACUUAUACGCUAUAGAAACAAAGCAAGAAGUGACAAGUAAUAUAUAGGCACACAGUGUGGCUGGGUUCACAUCACAUUUUUCCCAAUAUGGGGCCGCAUACGGCUGGGGGAGCUAAAAGCGGGCGCUCCCAUAUCCCUGCCGUAUGUGGCCUCACAUGUAAUUCAUUUCAAUGAGCCAACCAGAGUGAACCGGUUCAUUUUUCCCCAUAUGCGGUUUUCUACCGGACCUAAAACCAUGGUUGACUUGGGAAACUGCAUACGGGGAAAAAUGAGCCGACCUGUUCACUCUGGUUGGCUCACUGAAAUUAAUUACAUAUGGGGCCGCAUACGGCAGGGAUACGGGAGCACACGGUUUUAGCUCCUCCCAGCCGUAUGCGGCCCUGUAUUGGGAAAAACAUCAUGUGAACCCAGCCUUUAACAGUUUCACUGAAGAGUAGUUAGAAAUGUAUGAAGUCUAUGGGCAGAAAUGUAUGAAGACAUGGCAAAUAGUUUUUACACAGGUUCAUGAUUAACUUAAGUUGAAAUCGUUUUAGGCUGCAGUCUUUAUUUUUUCAUUCAUUUCAGACAUCUGAUAUACAGCUUACUACCUGUCCCUAGUUUAAGAUCUUUUUAAAGUGAAUUUGGUCAGUAAUACAUGCUACAUGUGAGGUCUCUGAAUCCAAGAUGGUACUACCUUCACUACCACUCAUGUAUCAGUACAGCUUUAUCCCUGGACUGAUUUAGCUUUUUACAGCAUAUGUGGCUGCUCCGCUCCCUAGUGAUGGAUGCUGAGGAAUGUACGAUUCUCCCCUACAGAUUCCACCCUGGAUUCUUCAGGCUAGGUUCACACUGCGGAAUCUGCAGACGAAAAAUAGACUCCCCAAUAGACUGCAAUGUGUUUGGCGAGUAUUUUUGCCUGAAGAAUGAGCAACGUCCUUCUUCAGGCAGAAAUUUUAAAGCGGAUUUCCCGUUCACAAGUUCUGCUUCAAAAAUUCUGAAGUGUGAAUUUGCGAACGGCGAACCCAUUCACUAUACUAUACAUUUUAGUAAGCAGAAUUUCUGCCUACAAUUUCAAAGCGGAAUUGCAGGCGGAAAUUCCGUAGUGUAAACCUAGCCUUACUUUCUGAUCAGCCCUUCUUUAAAGCGUCCCCCCCUUCUCUACUUUGUGAUCUGCCCAGUAAAAUCUCCUUUCUUUUCUUGCGGCUCUUUAAAACUAAAGAGAAGAAAGGAGGAAAAUAGCAAGGCUGGCACAGCAGAGAACAAUGGGGGCAUUUAUUAAGCGCCAGUGGCAUAUUUGCUCAGUAGUCCUUUUGUGCAAAAAUGUGCAAUUUUUUAACAAAUACACCGCUUGGGGACCAAGGGAGAGGGAAGGGGGUGUGGCUUCGCGGAGACAAGUGUGCAGAUGAUGCGGCCACCUUACAAGGGACUUUAGACCCAAUUUGCUUAAGUCACAGAAAUCUACACCAACUCAGAGCAGGUUCAAAUUUC